AAGUCUCUCGGCAUCAGUUCAGUUGCGUCGUUCGUGCGAUUGAGUCGCACUUCGUCUAGUUCUCUGUGAGCAGUUUGUGUGGGCAAGUACCCAAGUUGUACGCCAUUUUUUAGGAAAAUUGGUUGAAAAUUUUCCUUGUGUAAACUUAAGUGGUAAAAGUGAAUUUAAGCUUAUAAAAAUGGCAUUUCGUUCUGGUAAUCGUCGUAAUUUUGGCGGUGGCAACUAUGGCAACGCUGGGGCCAUGGGGCGCAACAUGAAUCCUUGGGAUAAUCAAAACGCCAACGGAGGCAAUUUUGGCAACAUGCGCCAGGGUGGCGGUGGCGGCGGUGGUCAAGGUAUGAAUGCCGAAGCCUUGACUCUGGCUAACAAUCUUCUGAACAAUUUACUGAGGAAUCAGAAUCCCCCAUCUCUAUUGGAUUUGCCCCGCGGUGGUGGCGGUGGCAUCGGCGGAAAUCGUGGAACUCGCCAGGUUGGCAAUCGACCUGGUGGUAAUCGUAAUAAUCGUCGUGUGCAAGGAGGUUUCGUUCGUGGUGGCUCCAAAACUGGCAAUAAGCAAGGUGGCGGCAUUCGUAAACAGAAUGCCUUUGAUCGUGCCAAGAAACUUCUGGCUAAGAAUUCUAAAAAUAAAAAGGAUUCAGCUAAUGGCGAUAAAACUGAAAAAAAGAAAUCCGAGAGUGCCAAGGAAUCGAUUUACGCUGAUGUCCCGAACGAUAUGUUCUACUGUCAUCUCUGCAAGAAGCACAUGUGGGACUCGAAUUCAUUCGAGAAUCACAUCAAGGGCCGAACCCAUUUAAUGAUGCGCGAAGGCAUUGAGGAAAGCUAUCGUCUAAAGGCCAACAUGAUCCGUCAAGAGGCCAAAAUUGCUGAGCAACUGAAACUGAUCGAGCUUGAUCGUCUCAAGCGCAUGGGAAAAUCCGGCAAGAGUCACAAGACCGAGUACUGCACAAUGUGCGAUCUCCACUUCCAUGGGCACUUGUCUUCCCAUAGGAAAUCAGAGGGUCACUUGACGUUGAAAAAAUUCUUGCAUCCUAAGUGCUUGGAGUGUAGCAAGGAGUUCCCCACUAGAAUUGAGUUCGACACUCAUCUUUUGACUCCAGACCAUUUGAAAAAGGCUGCCGAGCGUAAUACUAAGGUUGGCGAACGUAAGAAGAAUACUUUGACCGUCCUCACCGAAGAAGACGAAUUGAAGGACGUUAAGCAACCAACCAAGAAGAAGAAGAAGACUGAAGUCAAGAAAGAAGGUGAAGGUGAGGAAGGAGCCGAUGGGGAGAAGAAAGAGAACGGCGAGGCCGAAGGUGAAGACGGUGAAAAAAAGGAAGGCGAGGAAGGCGCUGAGAAAGAGGAAGAGGAGGAUGAUGAGGCCAAUCAGACUGUCAUCGAAGAUCCCGAAGAUGUCAUCCUUGACUACAACGAGGGGGAAGAAAUCCCUGUCGAGAUUGAUGCUCGUAUUCCCAAAUACAACUGGCAACGAGCCGUCGGAUGCAGUCUCAUUACCAAGCUCGAGUGUUUCGAAUGCGCCCUGUGCGGUCGCUUCUUUGACAAUGAGAAGACCGCAGAAAUCCACUCACGUACCGCCUACCAUCACCGUCAAUUUGUCAAAUUCCUUAAUGAGAAGGCUAGUGACACCAAGAUCGCACAGAAACGUGCAGCUGCUGCGAUCGAAGAAAGUGAGCGCAAGAAGCGCAAGUUGGAAGCAGCCGAGGCCGAGGAAGCUGCAGAGAACGGCGAAGUAAAGGAAGAAAAUGGCGAGGGCGAAGAGAAGGCAGCUGAUGAAUUGUAUGAUCCUUCAGAAGCCACCGCUGACGACGAAGAUGUUGAGAUGAACGAAAACCCAGACGACAAGAAGGACGCUGCCGAUGAAAAUGGUACCCAGGACGCUGAAAUGAAGGAAGAGGAAGAUGACGCAAAGGAAGAAAUAAAAGAAGAGAAACCGGAUCCACCAGCAACUCCGAAAUCUGCAUCUCCACAAAAAGGCGCCGCUGCACAAAAGAACACCCCGAAUCCACGAGGAGCCGCUGCCGCCAAGGGAACUCCGCGUGGAAGAGGUCGCGGCCGGUACAAUAGAUAUUAAUUUUAAGGGUAUUUACUUUUAGAAGUACACAAUCCAUUAACAUUCGUAAUUAUUGUGCUUCUGUAACAAUAAUUAUUAUACAUUACUUAACUUGUAUGUCGGUUUUAAAAUAAUAAACACAACAGUCUUAGAUGUAUGGAACCUCA